AUGGAAGAUCCUUUACCUCGCCAUUACACCCCACUGGCGAUUGGGGAGUACAAUGGGAGCACCGAUCCAGAUGAUCACUUGGCCAAGUUCGACAACGCGACCACUCUCCACCAGUACACCGAUGGAGUAAAGUGCAGGGUAUUCCUGACGACACUUUCAGGACCGGCUCAACGGUGGUUCACCAGGUUACCGACCGGCUCCAUACGUAGCUUCAAGGAUUUCCGGGCUGCUUUCCUGCAUCACUUCGCAAGUAGCCGUCGGCAUCAGAAAACAAGCGUCAACUUGUUUUCACUCAAGCAAGGUCCCCGAGAAGCGCUCAGGGCGUACAUCCAGCGAUUUAACCAAAUGACGAUGGACAUACCAGCAGUCUCAUCAGAAGUACUGGUAAACGCUUUCACUCAAGGGCUCGUGGAAGGUGAGUUUUUCCGAUCCCUCAUUCGUAGGCCCCCGAAGGAUUUCGCCCAUCUCCAAAGGAAGGCCACGGAAUACAUCAAUGUAGAAGAGGCACAAGCAACCCGAAGGAAAGAGGCGCCAACCGACCCUCAACAGGCGCCCGAUCGGAGGAGACCCAGGAACCACCAGCCUCCAACCGGUCCUAGUGCCACGGGGCCACAACCAUAUCCCGAGCCAAGGACACAUGCAGUCCAUAUGGAGGCCGUCCAACCCAAGAAAGGCAGAAAGUGGACCCCGAUGUUCUGCAAGUUCCAUCAGUCAGGGACGCACAACACGUGGGAGUGCUGA